AUGAAGGUGGAUUUCGUCGAUGUUGAAUACUCGGAAGAAGGUGUCCUUUCCGCGGAGCAGGCCUCCCAGAAUGCGGCUGCCAAGAAGUCUGCCACAAGCCUCCUUGCCCCUCCCGACAAGUCUCUGUUGCACCGCUCUCAGUCGCGGGCCUUCCUGUCUGACGAUGGCAUCCCCCAGCCCGUCGAGUUCUUCCUGUCUUCCGACCCAUCUGCCAUUGUGGAGCACACCAAGAAGGUGCUCUACCUGGAGGAUGACGAUAUUGCCCACAUCCACGAGGGACAGCUUAACAUCCACCGUCUGACCAAGGAUGAUGGCACCUCCAACGUCCGUGCCAUCCAGACCAUCGAACUUGAGUUGCAGGAGAUCAUGAAGGGCAAGUUCGAUCACUUCAUGCAGAAGGAGAUCUUCGAGCAGCCCGAGUCUGUCGUCAACACUAUGAGAGGUCGUCUGGAUGUGGCCAACAAGAAGGUCACCCUCGGUGGUCUCCGUCAGUACAUCUCAACUAUCCGUCGCUGCCGCCGAAUCAUCUUCAUUGCCUGUGGUACCAGUUACCACUCAUGCAUGGCUGUGCGUGGUAUCUUCGAAGAGCUCACUGAGAUUCCUAUCGCAGUCGAGCUCGCCUCCGACUUCCUUGACCGACAGGCCCCAGUGUUCCGUGAUGACACCUGUGUGUUUGUCUCUCAGUCUGGAGAGACCGCUGAUUCCCUGAUGGCUCUUCGCUACUGUCUGGAACGUGGUGCCCUGACCGUUGGUUGUGUCAACGUUGUCGGAUCUUCCAUCUCUCUCCUCACCCACUGCGGUGUUCACAUUAACGCUGGUCCCGAGAUCGGUGUCGCCUCCACCAAGGCAUACACCUCUCAGUUUGUGGCCAUGGUCAUGUUCGCUUUGUCGCUGAGUGAGGAUCGUGCCUCUAAGCAGGAGAGACGUGAGGAGAUCAUGGAGGGUCUUGGACAGAUCUCCGAGCAGUUCAAGCAGAUCUUGAAGCUCAAUGAUCCGAUCAAGGACCUGUGCGCCAAGUUCUUCAAGGACCAGAAGAGCUUGCUGCUGUUGGGCCGUGGUGCUCAAUUCCCCACUGCCCUUGAGGGUGCCCUGAAGAUCAAAGAAAUCUCAUACCUCCACUGCGAAGCCGUCAUGUCCGGCGAAUUGAAGCACGGUGUUUUGGCUCUUGUUGACGAGAACCUCCCCAUUAUUAUGAUUCUUACCCGUGACAACCUGUUCACCAAGUCCCUGAACGCCUACCAGCAAGUCAUUGCUCGUGGUGGUCGCCCCAUUGUUAUCUGCAACCAGGAUGACCCCGAGUUCUCCUCCGCCCUGACCGAGAAGAUCAACGUGCCCAAGACCGUGGAUUGUCUCCAGGGUCUGCUCAAUGUGAUCCCAUUGCAGCUUAUCUCUUACUGGCUUGCCGUUGGCGAGGGACUGAAUGUUGAUUUCCCUCGCAACCUGGCCAAGUCGGUCACUGUCGAGUAA